AUGCUCAUAGUGUCGUCUGCUGACCCCGGCCCGCUGCGUGCGUACCUCUCUUCCGCUCGUCUACAAAACCACGACGAACAUGGCGAAGCGCUUUCCGAGGAGCGCCGUUCUCUUUCAGGCUUCUUGGGAUCAGCUUCGCUCGCCAUCAUGCCUCUCUCUCCAAAGACGUACACGUUCUUGUGCGGUUUCUUCGCGGCUCUCGGCAGCGUAACGUUCGGCUAUGAUCUCGGUAUCAUUGCCUCCGUGUUGCCCAGCACCAACUUCCUGAACACGGUUGGCAACCCCGACGAGGAAGUGACGGGUCUCAUCACCGCCAUCCUCUUACUCGGCGCGUUCGCGUCUAACCUUAUCGUGGGCAACGUCGCCGACUUUGCUGGUCGUCGUAUCGCCAUUAUCGUUGCCGUGAUUAUCUUCCUCGUCGGCGGUACCAUUCAAACAGCCGCGCAGAACUUGGGAAUGAUGCUUGCUGGUCGUUUCUUUGCGGGCUGGGGUAUUGGCAUGCUCGCCAUGCUGGCGCCUCUUUACCAGGCUGAGAUCGCGCAUCCCUCCAUCCGUGGACGUCUUACGACUCUCCAGCAGCUUAUGUUGGGCAUUGGCGCUCUCAUUGCCAGCUUCAUUGGCUACGCAUGCUACACAACGCUUGACGGAUACCAGGCGCAAUGGCGUGUUCCCCUCGCUAUCCAGAUGGUGCCGGCCAUUCCUCUUGGUCUCUUCAUUCUCCUGUUACCGGAGUCUCCACGUUGGCUCGCAAUGAAGGGCCGCAACGACGAGGUCCUCGAGACUCUUGCGCGUCUCCACUCUCAUGGCGACACCAACGACACCUUUGUCCAGUCCGAGUACCUCGACAUCGUUACUUCGGUCGAAACCGAGAAGGUGGAGACCGCGCACGCCUGGAGGAAGAUCUUUUCGUCUCCCAGCCAGAUGCGUAGGGUCAUGCUCGGUAUCACCCUGCAAUUCAGCGCUCAGAUGACGGGUGUCUCCUGUAUUCAGUACUACUCUCCCCAGAUCUUUGCAUCCAUCGGCAUUGACGCCGGCUUGACUCUCCUUUUGCAAUCCUGCAACUCGAUUGUCGCUAUCUGUGGCGAAGUUGCCUGCGUCAUGCUCGUUGAUCGUCUCGGUCGCCGCUGGCCACUGAUCUGGGCGAACAUCGCUAGCAGCUGCACGUUCGUCAUCGGCACCUGCAUCAUCGCUAUCUAUCCGGCCGGAAGCGGGAAUACCGCUGCUGCUGGCGCCUUUGUCACCAUGACCUGGAUCUUCAACUUCUUCUUCUCUGCUGCCAUCGGUCCUCUCACCUGGGCUUACCCCGUCGAGAUCUUCACCUCUGCAACGCGCGCAAAAGCAACUGCUAUUACGUCUAGUGCUGCUUGGAUUGCCAACUUCAUGAUCGCGCAAGUCUCCCCGCCUGCGUUUGCUAACAUCGGUUGGAGGUACUACCUCGUCUUUGCCAUCUGCGGCUUUACGAACGCCUUCACCAUAUGGUGCUUCUUUCCAGAGACUGCCAAUCGAAGCCUCGAAGAAAUGGACGAGUACUUCUCGUUCAAGAAUAUGCCGCUGUUCGUUCCCGCGGCAAAGGUGCCCGAAGUUGGUCGCUUCACCCGGGAGGAAGAGAUGGCACGCGGCGAGACUAUCCGCGAUGUCGACUCGACGCACAAGGAGGACCUUGUCGGCGAGAAGGCACACAUCGAGCAUAAUGCAUGA